AUGCCAAUUAUCACGGAGCGUUUGGACGCAUAUCCUCUGGAUGAGACAGUUCUGGAAAUCGAGCGCGAUGAGGAAUUACUUUUGACAACACCAGUGGUGAAAUUCGUUAAGCUACUCAAUCAUGCACCUCUCGAAGUGAUUCACUUCCCGACGGAGUAUAUUUCUCAACCAUUUUCCCCACCGAGGGGAGUGUAUGAGAGCCAUCAUCUCCGAGUAGAAUGGCAACAAAUGAAAGGACGACAGCCAUUCUAUCAUCGCAACGCAGAUGCUGAUGAAUUAUCAUUUCAAGUCUUCGGACCUCGAACUCUGAUGACAGAGUAUGGAAUAGUCGAACACCGACCUGGAGACUUCUCGCGGAUACCAGUCGGCGUUGCUCACGACAAUUUUGGACAGGAGGAAAUCCAUCUCCUCUUUUACAUCCCUGCCCCGGUACAUGAAAAUGUACCCGCCAGAUCUACUGGGGAACUUCGAAUUCCACCUUUUGAAGGCUGGGAGUCACAGGCGAUGCCAGAAGUAACUACAAAUUGCAUCGGUGGUCCUGAGUGCGAUAUUGCAGCAGGGCUGGUAGACGAGAAGCUUCUGCUGCAGCAUGUAGAAAAGGUAGAUAAGUCAAGACGGAUUCAGGUCCUUCAACCCAAACGAACUGAAGGGGAAAUGGAGUGGAUGUACACAUCGAAAAAUGUCUGGAUUGGUUACAUGAAGCAAAGCAGGAAUUCGUAUUCGGGGAUCGUUUAUACGCGGCAUCGACUGGCAGAGGAGAUUCAAUGCCAGAUCAAGGGCAAGCGGACGAUCAUCAGCCAACGUGGUAUCGCGAACUUGGAGCCGGGUGACUUUGUCAACAUCCCCUACGGGGUGGCUUUUACGGAUGUUGUACAUGAGGACAGUGAGCAUAUUUCAGUGUUGACGCAUAACCCCACACCCCCCAAGGCUCCGAUCGCGAGACAGGCUCAUCCAACCUCAUGGAGCGCCGUUCAAGCGCUCCGAAACUAG